UGCUUCUUUUUCAGCAUCCUCGGUCUCCACCAUCGCUUCCCUUCGGGCUUAACGCCAGAAACCGGAGUUCGUUGUCAUCUGUCUACGUCAACCUAAUAUCUGAGACCAGUAUGUCUGACAAGAGUGAGCUGAAGGCUGAACUGGAGAGGAAGAAGCAACGGAUCGCGCAGAUCCGAGAGGAGAAGAAGAGAAAAGAGGAGGAGAAGAAAAAGAAGGAUGGAGACGCAAAGCGAGGAGCUGAGGCGGGAGGGUCCUCAGGUGGUCAUGAAGACUCUGACCUGGAGAGGAAGAGGAGGGAGGCGGAGGUGCUGCUGCAGAGUGUCGGCAUCAACCCCGACAUACACCACGCUCAGCCCCUGAGGGUAGUAACAGGAGAUACAUGUCUGUUUCACUACCUAGUCCCUGCCCCCAUGUCUCCCUCCAACAAAUCAGUGGGCAGCGAUGCAGGAAGCCAAGAUUCUGGGGAUGGAAACGCAGGACCAAGGACAUUGCAUUGGGAUCCUGACCCCUCUACUCUGCAACUGCACUCCGACUCUGAGCUGAUGGGACGUGGAGCCGUGAGGCUGGGCAUGUCCAAAUUGACCCAAGUGGACUUUGCCCCGAAGGAAUUAGUGUCCUAUUGCAAAGAAACACAGACAGCCACGGAGGCACUGACGCACACCGAUCAGAAAGCAGAUGAGGAAGAGGAUGAGGAGAUAACUGCUCGCCCAAUUGGAGAGGAUGCCCAGGAGGAGAAAGAUGAACAUGGCGAACAGCAAGAAGAGGACACUGCCAAAGAGCUGACAGAAGAAGAGAAGCUGCAGGUCCUGCACUCCGAGGACUUCCUGUCAUUCUUCGAGCGAGGCAGCAGAAUUGUGGAGAGAGCUCUCGCUGAGCGUGUGGACGUCUGCUUCGACUACAGCGGCAGAGAUCUAGAGGACAAGGAAGGUGAUUUGCAAGCCGGUGCAAAACUGGUUCUCAACCGACAGUUUGCAGAUGAGCGCUGGACUAAAAACAGAGUGGUCACCUGUCUCGACUGGUCACCUCAGUAUGCAGAGCUGCUGGUGGCCUCGUAUAACAACAAUGAGGAUGCUCCCCAUGAGCCUGAUGGAGUGGCACUGGUCUGGAACCUGAAGUACAAGAAGGACACACCCGAGUACAUCUUCCACUGCCAGUCAGAGGUGAUGUCAGCUGGGUUUGCAAAGUUCCACCCCAACCUGGUGGUGGGUGGGACUUACUCGGGACAGAUUGUCUUAUGGGACAACAGGAGCAACAAGCGCACCCCUGUUCAGAGAACUCCGCUGUCUGCAGCUGCACACACACACCCGGUUUACUGUGUGAACGUGGUCGGAACCCAAAAUGCUAACAACCUGAUCAGCAUUUCCACCGAUGGCAAAAUGUGCUCCUGGAGCCUCGACAUGCUCUCCCAGCCACAGGACAGUCUGGAGCUGGUCUUCAAACAGAGCAAAGCGGUGGCCGUCACCUCCAUGGCCUUUCCUGUGGGCGACGUGAACAACUUUGUGGUGGGGAGCGAGGACGGCUCGGUCUACACGGCUUGUCGCCACGGGAGCAAGGCGGGGAUCACCGAGGUGUUUGAGGGCCAUCAUGGUCCGGUGACCGGGCUGAGCUGCCACAGUGCUGGAGGACCUGUGGACUUCUCUCAUCUCUUCAUCUCCUCCUCUUUUGACUGGACUGUCAAACUCUGGAGCACGAAGAGCACACGUCCAUUGUACUCGUUCGAGGACAGCUGUGACUACGUCUAUGAUGCCAUGUGGUCUCCAACACACCCGGCUCUGUUUGCCUGUGUGGACCUGGCCGGACGGCUGGACCUGUGGAACCUCAACAAUGAUACAGAAGUUCCCACCGCCAGUGUGUGUGUGGAGGGCGCUCCGGCAUUGAACCGCGUUAGAUGGGCUCAAUCUGGUAAAGAGAUUGCCACCGGGGACUCCGAGGGGCAAGUGCAGGUCUACGACGUUGGGGAGCAAAUCUGCGUGCCGAAGGCCGACGAGUGGACGCGCUUCGUCAGGACGCUGGCUGAGAUCAAUGAGAGCCGAGAUGAAGCCGAGGAACUGGCCAACGUCUGAUGCUAUAAAGGCCACACUGACCACUGCUCAUACAUUUCCUUCUAGUACACUACGCCACCUAUAGCACACGGCUCGACACUGCCAGAGGAGCAGCGCUCUCCUCCCUCUGGUUUCCAACUUUUCCACCUGUACAUGAAUUGGCCUGAGGAGAUUUGCAGAGCUAGAAUGGAUAGAAAAGAUUUCGAUGUGUUUUUAAAUGCGGGAGUUUUAGAGGACAAUAAAUGUCACGUGGAGUAGAACAGAAACAGUCAAGUGGUUGAAAAUUAACGGCAAAGGAAAACACGGAAGUGAUUUUCAGCCUGGGUGUGACUUCUAGCUUUGAGAAGAUCCUCAGGGCUCCAGAAGCUGCUCUUCUCCUGAGGCCUCAACCAAAUCAGCCCUUUUUUUAAAUAUGCAAACCUUUGUACUUGCACCUUUUUAUUACCAUUUGAGUGUUUUUACAUGUUUUAAUAUUUUCCAGACACGCUUGUGCACAUGGCUGGCGAAGUGAUUCCGUCGAGCUAAAAGAAAGAAAACGUCUCCAUCUGAUCCACUUUAUCCUCAACACUUGAAUCUGAUGAUCAAAACAGCGACUGUGGUUACACGUGCACUCUGGCCUGUGCAGAAGUGUGUCAUUCUUACAUUUCAACCACGACGGUAUUUAAUAUUUAUUCUGGUGGUUGCUCUUAUUUAAAUAUGUUAUGUAUGGUUUCUAAAAUGCUGCUUUGUACUAAAAGCUUUAGUACAUUACUAAGAUUACUACACGCUUUUUACCAGGCAAAAUCUGUUUCUACACUUGCCUUGAAUUUAUUGACACUUAUGAUUUAAAAAUGUGAUUUCUGUACCAAAGGUUAUUGUUUUAUACUCUGUGCCGUUGUAAAUGAGUACAACAGUUUCCUGACCGUUCCUCUUUAUGAGGAUCUAAACAUUUAGUUUUACCAGGCGGUGCAAAGCUGAGGUUGGAGGCGAAUGUAGCUUUAACCACAGAACAUGAAUCCAGUUUCAUUCUUUUCCUUUUCCAUCCGAUCGUUAAUUCCCUCCAGUAUGCAGCUGUCCAACCUCAGCAAACUGGGAGGAGUGUCAGCCUCUAACACUUCUCUUUAUGUAUCAUAUGAGCGCUGUUGCUUCCAUAUUUGAUGACAUGAUACAACAUGAAGAUCAGUAUUCUGCAUUGACUAAUUGUACUGUACUCUUUCCUGUUACUGAUACAGUUAAUGGUUGCACUUUUCCAAUGGAAUAAAACUCACUCAUUGGUCAAAUUAAAACCAUAUGGAUGAUUUAUUUCAAUAAAAUACAGUGACCGAGUUGAGAUACAUUAAAUGUAUUAAUACCUAA